GCACAAUUGGCUGCUGUCGCGAGACCGUACGAGAAAUUCUACUCAAAUAGCGAUGCGGUCUGACUGAAACGGAUCUCACUCAGAUAUUGUUAAUAACCUAUAACCGUCCGAAGAAAGGUGAACCACAGAUAUUACAUUCAGUUUGUAUACUUUUCACAUGCACCCGUUUCACGGGUGUCAUAGCAGUCAUUAAUGGCAUCUUCAGAUCAGACAAGUUUGGACCCAUGGCGAUACGUCAUAAUUGUUUCCAAGUUCAUGGUUUAUUUUUUGCAUAUUGGACUAGUCAAAUCUCUAUCUAUACUCAUUCCAUAUCUCGUCAUCGAACUGGAUGUGGACACUGCAACGGUAGGCGUCCUUGUUACCAUGGAAAUUGGAAUAUAUUUUAUGGCUAGUCCACUCUGUCAUUUUCUGAACCAAACGUUUGGUUCUCGUCCGGUGGCAACAAUAGGAGGCACUCUAGCUGCAAUUUCGUUCAUGGCAGGAACAUUCUGCAAGACGGCAUCCUCUCUUGCUUGCCUACUAUUCUUCACAGGUCUCUUCGCUUCCCCGUUGAACCAAGGAUCGAGUGAAGUGCUUUACCAAUAUCACAGAGACAAUUUCGGAUUAGCUUCGGCAAUCACGAAGAUGGGGAGUCAAAUUGGGACUUUCGUAAUGCCAUACCUGACCUCGAUGAGUAUGGAUGCCUAUGGGCCGAGAGGGAGCUUCUUGAUCCUUAGCGCUAUGAUGUUUCAUUGGGUACCAAUAGGAGCAACGCUGCGUUCCUCUCCGAACAUGCCGAAAUGCCAAUCUGAAAGUGGAACAUCCUUGUCUGAACUGUCUACAGGGAACGACAGUGAUGACGCCGGGUGCGAACGUGUGCCACUUCGAACUAGGAACGAUGAUCAGCUUCAGAGCAACGAAAUAACAGCCACAGCGAGUAGCCCCCAAGAUUUACAGUCUGAUCCAAACACUGGACAGAUGAAGAAAAGCCCAAAUCUUCGAGAAGGAAUGUUCAGCAUGAUCCGAAACACCAUGCUUGAUGCCCUAGAUUUUGUUAAAAAGGAACGCGUUUUUGCAUGCCUUCUACUUCCAUGCCAGGUCUUUUUCGACCUGUCGUACAUGGGUUGGUCAGUGUUUCUGUUCCCCUACGGGUUAGCCGAAGGAUUACCCCAAAACACAGCCGUGUUCUUAGUCAUGAUGGGUUCCGUUGGCGGCAUCAUCGGAAGACUCUUCCUCGUAGCAUCUCUGUAUAAGUACCCAUUGUUAACAAUACCAUUGCUGCCAACAAGCCUCUUGAUAUCAUCCAUAUCGCUCCUGGUGUAUCCUAUCAAUUCUUCUCCGACCUAUCUAUGCAUCUGCUCCUUUCUCGCCGGGAUGGGUUUCUACAAUGCAUAUGCAACAUUAGACGGAGUUAUUUCUUUGAAGGUCCGGAAAGAGAAUUUCCCAAAGGCCAUUGCUUGCUCCCUGAUGGUAACCGGGGCCUCUUUUUUUGCUUCUGGAGUACUUACAGGUUUCCUUCAUAAUUAUUUUGGAUCAUACAGGGCAGUCUUCCGUAUCCUUGGGAGCCUCGUUGGAAUCAUCGGUGUAACAAUUACGAUUUAUAUCUGCGUUGAGGCGAAGACCAAACGGACGAACAGAGGUCUUUAAGUAUUUUCUUCAAGAGUGUCGUUGAUACACUUACUAUUUCCAUAUUAUAGAAAAACUCUAUUGCUGUUCCGUUUGCUCUUUCAGUAUACUUGGCAGUGAAAUCAAAGUUUCCCAUCUCCCUAUUACAUGUAAAUCGAAAUACCUACGUGGGUCGAUAUUUCAGACUUGUUUGUUAUGAUAAAGGUGCUCGAAAUAUUUGCUCAUAAUUAUUCAUGUUUGGUUCAGCAUACUGAUGCGAAACUUCGGCUGGAGUCGCCUUUUCCUAAUUGCCCACUUCCUCUUGCAUGUACCCUUGCAUCUCUGUCCCUGUUGCUAUUCUCUUUCGUCUAUAUACUCUUCCUCUCCCUGCUGUAUGUUAUAGUAGCACCCAUAAGCCUACUUGUCCAUAAUCGCCUCUCUAUAUGUAACUCAACCCCUACCUCAUUGCUGCUACCAACUGGAUAUCCCUGGCUUUGCAGCCGGGGUAACAGACAGGGGCUCUGGGCAGGGAAGGUAAACCCGAACAAACCACUAGGGGGAGGGUGGUGACCACCUCCUUUUUUAUAAAAGCGGAACAUCUUGCUCAGGCUGGGAAGUCAAUGACCAUGUGCCCAGCUUCACCAUCCAGGUCAUAACUCCUACAAAACCUACCAUGAAAGACAAACCUAGGCUUAGGCCCCGAGUCCCGGCGGCUGCCCAAUGGCAACAGAGUGGCAGGGGUGCUAAAAAUCCACCGGAGAUUUUGUUGCCAUCCCUACAGGUACCCGAGAAUACGUCAGCAUCAAGAUCAACAGCAGCAAUAAGGAAAGGAACCAGGAAGAGGAAGGAGCUUAGGAAGUCAACGACUGCAGACAACGUCAACAAAAGAGCAAAGAAAAACACUGUAGAUACAUCUUCUACAGACAUUGUAAGUAGCCAAAAUGUGGCCAAAUACCAGACAUUGAAUAGAAAGAAAGGACACGACAAGACCAUCAAGAACAAAAGUGAGCCAGGUACGAACCGUAUAAAAAACUUAGCAACUGUAAGUCUAGGAACAUGGAAUGUACGUACAAUGAGGACAGCAGGCAACUGGGAUAUUCUAGUUGAUGAAAUGAAGAAGUUUAAUCUUGAUAUCCUGGGUCUAAUUGAAACACACCUCACUGGUUCUGAGACAUUUACAGAGAAAGAGGAAUUCACCAUCCUGCUGUCAAGUAGAAGAGACAUCAGUCGAGAAGGUGUGGGAAUAGUGAUUGCACAAAGACUGUCGCUAUGCUUGGAGUCAUAUGAAGCUGUCUCCCCAAGAAUCAUCACAGCAAAGAUCAAGAUGAACGACGGCAUGUUGAAUAUUGUCCAAGUGUAUGCCCCCACAACCGCUACAGCAGUGAUGAAGAAAAUGACAAAUUCUAUGAUAUACUACAAUUUAACCUACAAAAGAUCCCUAAGAAGGAGAAUAUUAUUCUGAUGGGAGAUUUUAACGCUAAAGUAGGAACAGACUUUGGAACAUGGGCCCCAGCAUUGGGAAAGUAUGGUCUGGGGCAGAUCAACAGCAGAGGAGAGAAACUGCUGGAAUUCUACAUGUUCCACAAACUGGCUGUGUGUAAAACCUACUUCCAACACAAAUAUUGCAGGAAGUCAACAUGGACAUCUCAUUGUGGCCAAUACAAGAACCAGAUCGACUUCAUUAUUACGAAAGUGGAAAAUACUAAGUUGUUUCAGAACUGCAGGUCUUUCUGCUCAGCCGAUAUAGGGUCAGACCACAACUUAGUAAUAGGGAAUGUCAAUUUCCAACAUAAAAAGGUCAAGAAAACAAAAACCCUUCCUAGGAUAUACAAUGUCUGUAGACUCCAUGAUCCUGUCAGUAAGGAAGAGUUCUAAGCCAAGAUCGGUGGUGCAUUUGAACCACUUAUCCAACUCCCAGACACAGAUGUCGAAGGGCUGUGGGCUAAAUUCCGUGACACAACUAACACCAUAACGGAAGAGAUAGUUGGAUUCAAGAAAUCUAAGGAAGUGAAAGGUCUCCCGGAGGAUGUAAGGAAAGCUUGUGAGCAGCGACGGAAAGCGAGAACGCUUUGGCUAAAUAACCCCAGCACAAAGAAUAAGAAAACUUACAGAACAAUUAACAAGAAAGUCAAGUAUGAAGUAAGAGAGUAGAAAAAGACAAUUCUCGAAAUGGAUGUCAAAGAAAUGGAAACUGCUCAGGCAAAGAAUGAAAAGUGAAGAAGCUAGCUGGGGAAAGAGACAAAGUACAGCUCGCAAUAAAGAAUAAAAAUGGUGUUCUAAAAACCGCACCCCAUGACGUGCUGGACUGUUGGAAACAGCAUUUUGAUUCCCAUCUGAACACUAAAUUUCCUCGGGAUGAAGAUGCUCUACAAGGCAUUCCUGAUCCACCACCAGCAAACACUCAAAGUAGUCCAUUCACAAUAGAGGAAGCAGAGUCUGCUAUAAAACUGCUUAAAAACAACAAAGCAUGCGGUUGGGACAAGAUAGCUGCUGAAACUCUGAAAGCAGGAGGUCUGAAAAUGAGAGAGUUUCUACUCAAAAUCAUCAAUGUUGCAUGGUCUGAAUGUAAAACUCCUCAAGACUGGAGCAGGGGUCUUAUAACUCCUGUAAACAAGAAAGGACACAAACUAGAUCCAGCUAAUUAUAGAGCGAUCACGUUGCUAUCUAUGCCUGGAAAAGUUUCUUGCAGAAUGAUUCUUAAUAGAAUUCAGGCAACCAUCGAUGAUCAUCUAGCAAAAGAACAAUGUGGUUUUAGCAGCUCACGAGGAACGACCGAUGCCAUUUUCGUGGUCAGACAAAAUAAUACUUGAAAAAGCAAAAGAAAGACAUGUGCCAGUCCACUGGAAUUUUGUUGACUUUAAGGCAGCAUUCGACACUAUUUGGAGAGAAUCCCUUUGGAAGUGCCUGAGAUCAAUUGGAGUGGAUAAAGUUCUAGUUGACUUGAUAGAGAGAAUUUACAAACAAAAUAAAUUUUCUGUCAUGGUAAAUGGGAAGAUAUCAGAUAGGUUUGAUGUUCUUGUCGGCGUAAGACAAGGCUGCCUCCUUUCUCCAAGCCUCUUUAACCUAUUUCUCGAGUUUGUGAUGGAGGACACAAAAAAACUAGGAAGUGGAUUGAAGAUGGGCAACAUGAAUAUUAAUAACAUUAGAUAUGCUGACGAUACCACGCUUUUAGAACUUGUCUUUGAAAAACUCCAACUCUCAACAGAUACCCUGGAGAAGGCCUGCCGAAAAUGGGGAAUGAAGAUUAAUGCCUCAAAGUGCCGAAUUAUAACUGAAGACCAUCGUGACAUUACCCUAAAUGACACUCGUAUCGACAAAGUUGAUUAUUUUGUCUUCCUCGGAAGUGUAGUCCCCUUGGUGGAGAAUGAUGUAAAGCGUCGCAUUCCUUAGCCGCCUGGGCAUUUGGGAGGCUAAAAAGCAACAUCUGGUCCAACCAAAACAUCCCAAGGUCACUGAAGAUAAGGAUCUACAAAUCCCUCAUUCUUCCUAUUGCAUUAUAUGGUGCAGAAACAUGGACCCUGCGGAAAGUGGAUCAAGGCAGGCUUGCAGUCUUUGAAAUGAGAUGCCUUCGCACCAUGUUAGGUGUACAUUUAUAGGACAAAGUCAGGAAUGCGGACAUCAGGAGGAGAUUACUGACAUAUCAAAAACACAAUAUGCGAGGAAGCUACAAAAAAACGCCUGAGGUGGCUUGGGCAUGUAUGCCGUAUGUCACAAAACCGCUUUCCAGUUCAGGCAUACAUAGAUGACUUUGACAAGGGGAGACCACCAGGACGUCCCUCUUCCAGAUGGAGGGACCAGUCAGACGAGAUGCGGGUCUCCCUCUACUGAAUGCUGAAGACCUAGCCCAGGGUAGAACUAAAUGGAAAAUGAUCACCCGUAGGAGAGCGAAGGGACACACCGUCCUAUGCACAGUAAGUCAACUAUUUAUUUUAAAAAAUAAGAUACAUAAACAUAUUAUUGGCAUAGAGAUGUGAGUGGCUUGGGACCAAAAAAUAAAAGGAGAAAUAGAGAGAAAAGGAAAUUAAAAUUUCUGAAUACCUAAUAUGUCAAAAUCUGUCACAAAAUUAUUUUUGUAUUAAAAUGGACAAAAUAUUUGCUCUCUCGCAGCUUUCUAAUGCUGUUCCUAAUUUUCUGCCUGCCCCUUAUAAUAUUGUUUUUAAUCAUUUACGCUACUGAAAUAUAGUUAUGUUACAGUUUGUCAUUUCUAAAAAGAUAUCAAAAAGGUUUGUCGGUUCCCUAUCAUAAUAUUCACUCUCGGGUAAGAGGUUGUAUUAUGAUCUAUGCACCAGAGCCUGCACGAGUUCGUUCAAAGCUAUACCUGUUGUUCUUGAACAACAACGCCAUUCCCUCAGAGUUGGACAUCCUUCACCAUUGUAACUGUUCCCGAGAAAGCGAACAAACAAGAUGCAUCCGACAACAGGCCCAUAUCCCAUCAUCUCGAAAGUAAAGGACAUAAAUUACGACCGAAUUCGGGAACAUCUUGAAAGUCACCACCUUCUGACCGAUGCACAGUUCCGGCAGACAUGGCAGAAGAAAUUCACUUUUGACAUACCAUCAUAAUACUCUCAACACUCAACAUGAAGUUAGAAUUAUAGCUCUAUAGUCACCAAGAAAGCCUUUGAUCAUGUUUGGCAUCGCGAUCUUCUGACCAAAAUUGUCAUCUGGAUGGAUUUCUUUAUUCUUUGUGUGUCUCCAAAAUAUUACAUAUAUGUCAUUCCAGUACGUAUUGCAUUUUUUUUUGCUGAAAAAUAUUAACCGAAUGAUAACCGAUUAUCUGUCCUCAUGG